AUGGAAUUUAAUAAUAAUAAUUAUAAUAAUAAUAAUAAUAAUAAUAAUAAUAAUUAUGAUGAUACUGAUGCAAUGAUGGCUAAAAAAACUUUAAAAAAAACUGGUAAUGAGAAUAUUCAAGAAGUAGGACUAUCUUCUUCUGGUUAUACUUCGCCCUCUUCUGGUUACACUUUGCCUUCAUCUGGUUCUACUUCGCCUUCUUCUGGUUCUACUUCAUCUUCUUCUGGUUACACUCCAUAUUCCUCUGGUUAUACUCCAUCAUCUUCUGGUUAUACUCCAUCAUCUUCUGGUUAUACUCCAUAUUCUUCUGGUUAUACUUCAUCAUCUUCUGGUUAUACUCCAUCAUCUUCUGGUUCUACUUCAACUUCAACUUUAACUUCAACUUCAACUUUAAUUUCAACCCCAACUUCAACUUUAACUUCAACCUCAACCACAACUCCAAAUUUAAA